AUGUCGAAGCGAUCAAAUGCCGGCAAUGGCAUUCCAAAAGACGUGAAGGAGGCCACGAAAGAGCCACCCCGUGAUAAACAGGUCUACCUCCUCAACGAUCCCAAUCCUGGCCACUUCAGCCUGAUCCGCGCCUACCACCUUGCAGACUUCAUCACGCUCAUGAAUGGCUUCUGUGGUGUCAUGUCUAUCAUGUCCUCCAUGAGAUACUGCCUGGAGCCGACGCACAAGGGCAACCUGUGGGCGGCUUUGACCUUCAUGCCCUUCGGACUGUUCUUCGACUUCUUUGAUGGCAAAGUGGCUCGGUGGAGGAAGAAGAGCAGUUUGAUGGGAGCAGAGCUUGAUUCGCUGGCGGACUUGAUCUCCUUCGGUGUGGCUCCAGCAGCUUGUGCUUUCUCUCUUGGCAUGCGGACUCCUCUCGAUCAAUUGCUACUUACAUGCUUCGUGCUCGCUGGUUUGGCUCGUCUUGCACGAUUCAACGUCACGUCCAGUAGCGUACCACACGAUGAGAGCGGCAAGGCAGCAUAUUUCGAGGGUGUGCCGAUCCCGAUGAGUUUGACCAUUGUCGGUGUGUUGGCUUUCUGGGCUUCGCAAGGUUGGAUACAAGGCGGUCUGCCGUUGGGCACAGUCAUGAAAGGCACUGCAUUGGAGAUGCACCCUGUGGUGGGACUGUUCUUGACGCAUGCUUGCUGCAUGUUGAGCAAGACGCUGCAUAUUCCGAAGCCUUAG